CACGUCCACUGGUGCGCUCGUGCGCUGGUUUUUUUUUUUGGACUCGUGCGGCAACUGAUCAUCGGUACAAGCACGAGAUGUCUGCUUUACAUGCAACCAAAUAGCUAAUUCGGUUUUAUACACCCGGAAACGCGAAGAACGGCGACUCCGCACCAUCCGGGAGCUUCAUCUGCUCCGACUGAAGUCAAUCCAGCCUGUUUGCUGUAUUCCACGGAUCAGCUCGGCGUCUGUAUUCAUGUUAUUUCGGGCAUUAUAUUGUUGAAUACAACAGAUAAUCAUGGCGAGUGACUCUCCUGCGAGGAGUCUGGAUGAGAUCGACCUGUCUGCUCUGCGGGACCCUGCUGGCAUAUUCGAGCUGGUGGAGCUUGUGGGAAAUGGGACCUACGGACAAGUAUAUAAGGGACGUCAUGUCAAGACUGGCCAGCUUGCUGCAAUCAAGGUCAUGGAUGUCACAGGGGAUGAGGAGGAGGAGAUCAAAGCUGAGAUCAACAUGCUGAAAAAAUACUCCCACCAUCGAAACAUCGCCACCUACUAUGGUGCCUUCGUCAAGAAGAACCCACCUGGCGUGGAUGACCAGCUCUGGUUGGUGAUGGAGUUUUGUGGUGCUGGUUCAGUGACAGACCUGAUAAAGAACACCAAAGGAAACUCUCUGAAGGAGGAGUGGACGGCGUACAUCUGCAGAGAGAUCCUCAGGGGUCUGACCCACUUGCAUCAACAUAAGGUCAUUCAUCGUGAUAUCAAAGGUCAGAACGUUUUGCUCACAGAAAAUGCGGAAGUCAAACUAGUUGAUUUUGGUGUGAGUGCACAGUUGGACCGUACUGUCGGUAGGAGGAACACUUUUAUUGGCACGCCAUAUUGGAUGGCUCCAGAGGUCAUAGCCUGUGAUGAGAACCCAGACGCCACAUAUGACUUCAAGAGUGACCUGUGGUCUCUGGGAAUUACAGCUAUUGAAAUGGCAGAAGGAGCCCCUCCGCUGUGCGAUAUGCAUCCCAUGCGAGCACUUUUCCUCAUACCUAGAAAUUCAGCUCCCCGUCUAAAGUCCAAAAAAUGGUCUAAAAAGUUCCAGUUAUUCAUUGAGAGCUGUUUAGUGAAGAAUCACAACCAGAGACCCAGUACUGAACAGCUCAUCAAGCAUCCCUUCAUCAAAGACCUUCCCAACGAGAAACAGAUCCGAAUCCAGCUCAAAGACCACAUUGACCGGACCAAAAAGAAGAGAGGAGAGAAGGACGAGACGGAAUACGAGUACAGUGGAAGUGAAGAGGAGGAGGAAGAGCGAGACAUAGGAGAGCCGAGCUCCAUCAUAAACGUCCCGGGGGAAUCGACCCUGAGGCGGGACUUCCUGCGUCUGCAGUUGGCCAAUAAGGAGCGCUCCGAAGCCCUGAGAAGACAGCAGCUGGAACAGCAACAGAAUGAGGAACACAAGCGCCAACUACUGGCAGAGAGGCAGAAACGCAUCGAGGAGCAGAAGGAGCAAAGGAGGAGACUAGAGGAGCAACAGCGACGGGAGAGAGAGCUCCGGAAACAGCAGGAGAGAGAGCAGAGGAGGCGUUAUGAGGAGAUGGAGCAGCUCCGGAGAGAGGAGGAGAGGAGGCAUGCUGAGAGGGAACAGGAAUAUAUCCGCCGGCAGUUAGAAGAAGAACAAAGGCAGCUGGAGAUUCUUCAACAGCAGCUUCUCCAAGAACAAGCUCUUCUCCUGGAAUACAAACGGAAGCAGAUAGAGGAGCAGCGGCAGGCUGAGAGGUUACAGCGACAGCUGCAGCAGGAAAGGGCCUACCUGGUCUCACUGCAGCAACAGCAACCAGAGCCACGACCUGCAGACAAAAAACAACUAUACCACUACAAAGACUCCGUCAACCCCAGUGACAAACCGGCCUGGGCCAAAGAGGUGAUGGAUAGAGCUCAGAGUAACUCUCCUCGAAUCCCACCCAAGAAGCACCAUUCUUUUAACAGUCCUGGAGAAAAACGUGUUGGCCAACUCCUUCCUCUUGACAAGAGCUCCUCUAAUCAGCCCACGAGGCCCCCCUCCUACCCAGCAGCCUCCCACCAGAAAGAAAUGGAGCUGGCCGAGCCUCAGCCCAGGAUUAUCAGUGGGCCAAACGUUCCUAGAAUCCGUCUAUCUUGCGAGCCAGAUCCAUCCCAGCUGGCCAGGAUGGUCCAGCAGCAUCUUGAACCAGAUUCGCGGGGCCGCAGUCCCGCACACUCCAGCAAAGGGGCUGAAAACGAGAGAGACUUAAACGUCUCAAAGGUUGAGGAACGCUCCAAGCUGAACCGCCAGAGCUCUCCGGCUCUCCAGAAUAAAGUGGCCAAUCGUAUUUCUGAUCCCUCCCUGCCUCCCCGCUCAGAGUCCUUCAGCAGUGGAGGCAUACAGCAGGCCCGGACGCCUCCCAUGCACCGCCCGGUAGAUCCUCAGAUGGCACACCUGGUUUCUGUAAAGUCCCAUGGCUCUUCCAUGACAGGAUCCCAGUCGCUGCAUGAUCAGUCCUCUCAGGGCGUCUCAGCCUUCCAAGAGGGUCUGUCACCUCACAGACCUCCAAUGCCUCGGCAGAACUCUGACCCCACGUCAGAAACCCCGGCUCCACCACCUCGUAUUACCAGCCGAGACGACAAGUUUGACCACAGCUCUUGGCUGAGACAGGAAAAUGAUGUCCCUCCAAAGGUGCCUCAAAGGACGACUUCCAUUUCCCCGGCGCUGGUGAGAAAAAAUUCUCCAGCGAAUGGACCGGGUGGACUGGGACCAAGAACCGGAGCACAUCUGAUUCGAGCCAGUAACCCAGACCUGCGGAUUUCCAUGGAGUCGGCUCUCCAGAUAGCCAGCAGUGGGAGUUCUUCCAGUUCUAGCACGCCCAGCUCUCAGGGCGGCUCCAGCGAGAGAAAUAGGGUGGGAGGCUCCGGUAAUCCUGAGGGAUCCCCAGCAGUGUCCCAAGAAUCCAAGACUAAAACCCAGGAGGAGAACAGGGAGGUGACCAGACCUAGCCGACCAGCGGACCUCACUGCUUUGGCCAAAGAACUCCGUGAGCUGCGACCCAAUGAGGAAAACAACCGGCCUCCCAGGAAAGUGACGGAUUAUUCCUCGUCCAGUGAGGAAUCAGACAGCAGUGAGGAGGAGGAUGGAGAAGGCGGGGCUCAUGAUGGAACCGUGCCAGUUAGUGAUAUUCCACGCAUUAUGCCUUCUGCUGGCCAGGGUGGCACUGACUCAUUGGUCAACCAGGAGGAUUCUCAUGCCAGUGAUCCAUUUGGCAAAAACUCACAAGACAGCACCCUGAUGAUGCGGGAGACGUUUGGGGAAAGAAAGCUCGGUCAUGCCGAGAGCAAUGGUUUCCCUGGUAACUCCAAUCUGCCUGAUCUAGUGCAGCAAAGCCACUCGCCUGGCGAGGGCCCUGGGAGGCUUUCUAGUGGGCUGGACCUGGACUCUGUGGCUAAACAGUUUGGGAUGGGGAGCGGAUCCAAAGCCUCCUUCACUGCUUUUGUGGACCCACGAGUGUAUCAGACAGAGGACGACGAGGACAACCCUGCCUCAGCUCAUUUUGCAGAUGAACUCCUACAACAGGAACAGGAACAAGCUCGACUAAAUGAGGCUAGGAAAAUAUCUGUUGUUAAUGUCAAUCCCACCAAUAUCCGGCCACACAGCGACACACCUGAGAUCCGCAAGUACAAGAAGCGCUUCAACUCUGAGAUCCUGUGUGCGGCACUAUGGGGAGUGAAUCUGUUGGUGGGAACAGAAAAUGGACUCAUGUUACUAGAUCGCAGUGGUCAGGGCAAAGUCUACAAUCUGAUCAACCGCAGGCGCUUUCAGCAGAUGGAAGUUCUGGAGGGACUCAAUGUCCUGGUGACCAUAUCAGGAAAAAAGAAUAAACUGAGGGUCUACUAUCUGUCAUGGCUUAGAAACAGGAUACUUCACAAUGACCCUGAGGUAGAAAAAAAACAAGGGUGGAUUACUGUUGGUGACCUGGAGGGUUGUGUCCAUUAUAAAGUCGUCAAAUAUGAGAGGAUUAAGUUCUUGGUGAUUGCAUUGAAGAAUUCAGUGGAGAUUUAUGCCUGGGCUCCCAAACCCUACCACAAAUUCAUGGCUUUCAAGUCUUUCACAGAUCUUCAGCACAAGCCUCUGCUCGUGGACCUGACAGUCGAGGAGGGUCAGAGGUUAAAGGUUAUCUACGGCUCCAGCGUUGGUUUUCAUGUGAUAGAUGUGGACACUGGGAAUCCGUACGAUAUCUACAUUCCGUCCCACAUUCAGGGCAGUGUUACCCCUCACGCCAUUGUGGUGCUUCCCAAGACUGACGGCAUGGAGAUGCUUCUGUGUUAUGAAGAUGAGGGAGUCUAUGUGAACACAUACGGCAGAAUCACUAAAGACGUGGUGCUCCAGUGGGGAGAGAUGCCCACCUCUGUUGCCUACAUCCACUCCAGCCAGAUCAUGGGCUGGGGAGAGAAAGCCAUUGAGAUCCGCUCCGUGGAAACGGGACACCUCGACGGAGUUUUCAUGCACAAGCGAGCACAGCGACUGAAGUUCCUUUCGGAAAGAAAUGAUAAAGUGUUCUUUGCCUCAGUCAGAUCAGGAGGCAGCAGUCAAGUUUUCUUCAUGACUUUGAACAGAAAUUCCAUGAUGAAUUGGUAAUUCAUCCCUGCCCUUCCCUGCAUUGUAUCUGUGGACCUUUUCUACUUUAUUGAAAAGUGUGGAAAAACUGAAAGACAGGAAAAUCUAGGUGCGCUGGAUAAUCUGGCAAAAAGACCAAACCUUACUGGGACCUCGUCAAAAGAGUCAAUAGACCAACCCAAAAUCCUCACAUCCCCUCCACCGAAAAGGGGCGCCAGAGGAGAAGAACCAGCGGUCUGCAUUCUUUUUUAUGGCUCUUUCAUUAACAUGCGUGGGGUUAUGGUGUUUUUUUCCUUAAAAAUCUGUAUCUAGAUUCUUCUGGAGGUCAAGACUGGAAAUAUGGGGAAUAAGGCCCACAGAGUAGAGUGAAUAUUUGUACUGUUAAGACACUUUUUGACAAUUUAUCACGGUUGCGCUGAACGUCAGUAAACCUCUCCUGUGGGAUGAAUCCACUGAGGCUGGUUUGUGUGAUCAACGCUUAUUCUUUUUUAUGUUUCAGCUUGGAAUGCACACAGAUGUUUGUGUCAUGUGGAUAUCACUCUAAUGUCUGACAUUUAAGACUUGUAUGAUACUUCCCCACAUUAUGUUGGAGCAGACACACUUUCGGGCUGUCCACAGAAUGCCUUAAAUAUGAAUUCGCAAAGCUGCUCGUUUUUAUUUUUUAAGUCCAUAAUAUAUUGAUGUUUAUGCAUAUUUCUGUAAGGAAAGGAAAAUGCUACUUUUUUGGAUGGAAAUUGAUGCCUGCUGAUAUGGACGUAUAAUGGAAAUAUAAAUUAUCCUGAAUAUUCAUACUGUGCAUUCCUAGUUCUAGCCCAAAGCUCUAUAGUAUUCACAUUUGGUGCCUGUGGUUUGGCACUGUUCUCCUUGUGGUCAGGGAGAUGGUGCUGUAGAUCAGACCUUUCUUUUUUCAUUAAUUUCCAUUGUCUUCACAAAUUAUGUUAUGGGUUUUUUGGCAAUUAAAAGGAUAGUUCACUCUAAAAUUAAAAUUCUUUUCUUAUAUACUCACCCUCAUGUUGUUCCGAAACUGUAUGAUCUUCAUUCCUCCUCCUGACCAGAAGCUGUCAAGCUCCAAAACAGACAAAAAACAUCAUAAAAGUAGUUAAUGUGCACUGCACUAUAUUUCUAGUUUCUGAAGCGAUGUGAUGUUUUGUGUGAGGAUCAGGCUCAAAAAAGUUGUUGAAAAUCCUACUUGAUAAAUCUAGUCACAAAUAACAGACAAAAAAGACAAUAAGGCGAGUCAUUUUUGGGUGAGUUAUUCCUUUAACUGUUUUUACUGGCCCUAUGAGAACAUGCAUUUCCACAUGGAUUGGACAAGAUUCAUUGUUUUUCUUUGAGGAUGCUGCAGAGCUUAUUCUUUAAUCACAUUGCUAAGAAAGAGUCUGAAUACUUCAACUGAUCGGUAAAUACUACAGAGCUUUCUAUUGAAACAUAAAAAAGGACGUUAAAAUUCUGUUUAGAGUAUCACCGUUUCUUUGUAAAAGUGUGUGUAUGUGAAUGAAUGAUAAAAUGUAAUGCUUUCCACCAACGAUACAAAAAAGUAAAUAUGUUACCGUUAACAUACCAGCAAUCUCAAUUGUUUUUCAUAUCAGGAGUAAUGUGUUUUUAGGAUAAGAGUGUGCUGCAGUUUUGUAUUUUUUGUUUGUUUUCUCUUGACUUCCAGUAAAGUGCAAUAGAGGCAAAGGGAAUAGAGCCUGGUGAGUCGAUUGCUCACCUCUCCUUAAGAUGAAUCUUCAGCUGUUUCUAGAGGGACGUUCACUACCACCUUCUGUAAAUAUCCAGUCCUGCCUCCAAAUCUAAUGCAUAGGAACUGUGAGGAUGUGACAGAAUAAUGUAAGAUCCACCUCCUCCUCCUCUGUGUGAAUCACAUGAAUGGGUGAACGAAGGGUAGUGUUUCGUGAGUAGAGCUUCCUUUUAGGCUACCUCGUUUCUGUUCACCUGUUGGACCGGUUCAGUUUUCUGUGUGGGUAAUGAUUCUUGAUGCUGUAAAUCAAACCUUUGUAAGUGACACAGUGAGAGGUGUCAUUCCAUGUAGAUUCAGAGGUGAUUUGAGUGUAGAGUGCCAGAUAGAAAUAUGCCGAAAUGGAUGCUUUAAUAAAUAAAUAAAUAAAAAGUC